ACUGACGAAGAGCCAAGCGAUGCGGGAAGCGAAAAACGUUUACUAUGGCCGAUUCGCGCAGCAGUGGCAGUGCACCAUACCACAAAGACGACCAGCGGCAGCAGCAGCAGCAGCAGCAGCUGUUGCUACCUCUAGUCUGCCCCUUCGCCACUAGAAAGUCUUUGCUCUGACCCACAUUUGCUCAGUGUUAACGAGAACUUUGUCUGGUGUAGUUCGUUUCAUAGUGUUUUUGUAUCGAUCAGCCGUUUCUAUUCGUAUGCGCAUCGUAGACUUGCGUUCCGUGUCCUAAUUUACAUUUGAGUUCGUCCCGUUCUAUUGGUGUCCAGUGUGUGCUCUACAAAGCGGGCAACUUAUAGUAAUCAUAUUAGGAAAUAAGACGGAGGUCCAAACUCAAUAUCUUCUACCUUGAACAACAGUCGUGUAGAGUGUUUGUUUGAUCUGCCAUCUGUUUUUCUAUACUUGCUAAAUUUCAAAAGAGGAUUACAGCCAAAACAACAACAGGCGAGCUUCGCAUCGCUGACCACAGGAGAUCGCAUAACCGGUCGUCACAAUGAGGGCGUUGUUUAUCUUGACGAUGUGCGCCUAUUGGACGACGCCAUCAUGGACACACUCGGACCACGCUGGGCUGUUUUGGCGCCCAAAGAUUUCUUUCCCGGUCGACCCGACAUCACCCACCAUUCCGGACGUGCAUUCCCACGUGAUCGAUGAAGCUGUCGAUGAGGCCCAAACGGUUAUCGUACAGAACAAACUCUUCGAACGAGCCUCACUAUCGAAUAAAGCCCACGGAUAUCCGAUGUGCCCAGCGGCUCAACGUCACAUGCAGUUUCGAGCUGCAAAAUCACAGGCAAUACACAUGGACGAUAUGUCUUCUAUUUUCGAGGAAACGACAAAAAUCCUUUCCAAAAAAAUGAAGAUGUUUUGGGAAGACGAAUUUCACGGAUUGGCACGAGCAAACCUCGCCGGAUCAAAGCUUGAACACGCCGCGCAACAGUGUCAUCAUCAUUCUAACCUAAUUUGCUCCGACAAACCCUACCGAACGGCCGAUGGAUCGUGCAACAACCUUGAGCACGCUGAAUGGGGAAAAUCAUUCACUUGUCUUCGACGACUGUUGCCGCCCCGCUAUGCUGACGGAGUGUCGAUGCCCCGAAUUUCGGAGACGGGUCUUCAGUUGCCAAAUCCUCGUCUGGUAUCUACAACAAUCCACGUAGAUCUGGAUCGCCCCUCAAGACACGUAUCGCACAUGCUUAUGCAGUGGGGACAGUUCUUAGACCAUGACUUUGCGCUCUCCCCGAUCAUGAGCCAUCCUGAAGAAAUUGUGGAUCUCGGAAACCCAAACGACGUCGUUGAUUGCUGUUCUCCGAACAAACGCCAUGAUCCAAAAUGCUUCUCGUUCGAUAUUCCUGAGAAUGACAAGUUCUUCAGCAAAUACGGAGAGCACUGCAUGAACUUCCCACGGUCUGCUCGCUGUCCCCAGUGCGCUCUAGGUCCCCGCCAGCAGAUUGAUGCACUAACGUCAUUUAUUGAUGGUUCAAAUAUUUACGGUAGCAAUCAAGAGGACACGUACCGUCUGCGUACCCUUGCUGGAGAUGGGAGGCUCAAGUUCGAUGUUGGACAGAGGGGCGACAUGAUUUUACCUGCUUCGUUCCAUCCAACCCGCGAUAGGUGCUCACGACCCGAGGAAGGAGAUCUCUGCUUCAGAGCUGGCGACGAGCGUGUAAAUGAACAGCCUGGACUCACUGCCAUGCACACACUCUGGCUGCGUCAUCACAAUGGACUUGCUGAUAAAUUGGCCCGCCUUAACUCUCACUGGGAAGAUGAAAGGAUAUUUCAGGAAGCCAGCAGUCGCGUAACGACGAUUCCGUAUUUGCGUAUCGUAAUAGGCCAAAUCCAACACAUCACCUACCAGGAGUUCCUUCCACUUAUCCUCGGUGAUGCAUUCUAUCGAGAAUUUGGCCUGGAGACACUUCCCUAUGGCUACACAACAUACAACAAAAACAUCGAUCCCACCAUCCUCAACGAAUUUGCCGGUGCUGUGUUCCGGUUUGGCCAUACAAUUCUUAACGGGCACUUUAUGGAGGUCGACACGCACGGUAACAUUAAGCGAAUUAAGCUGCAAGACAACUUCUUCAAGCCGUUCGAGUUCCGUCACGGCAAAAUGGAGAGGAUCAUGCGGGGCCUUCAGAAGCAGCCUUCGCAGGUGUUCGAUAACUUCAUUACACAUGACGUCACCAACCACUUGUAUCGUCUCUCCAAUGAAUCAUUUGGUCUUGAUCUAAUUGCCCUCAACAUUCAGCGUGGACGAGAUCACGGUCUUCGUGGAUAUACCGAUUACCUCAAGGGAUGCUUUGGUAUCGAGGUCAAUACCUUUGAAGACCUUGACAAUGUCAUGCCGCGUCCUGUCCGCGAGCGUCUGGAGAGCCUUUACGCUCACGUGAACGACAUUGAUCUGUUCACUGGUGGUGUGUCUGAGUACCAGCUGCCAGGAGGAGUCGUUGGUCCUACCUUUGGCUGCAUUAUGGGAAUCCAGUUUUGGAGACUGAAGUAUGGUGACCGCUUCUACUACGAACAUGGCGGACAAGCUGGAUCUUUUACGCCUUCUCAGUUGACGCAGAUCCGUAAGAUCACGAUGGCCAAGAUUGUUUGCGAUAAUAGUAUAGGUCAGCAGUUCUCUCAGCAGUGGUCACUGCAGAUGGUCAGUGAGAAUAAUCCUGAGAUUCCGUGCGAAUCGUUCGCCGAUAUGGACAUGAGUAACUGGAUCGAACACAGCGCCCGCUAAAAUUAGCGGAUCGUCUAAGAAAUACCAUCAUCCUAACUACCAACGAUGUCGACCUCAUCAACUAAAUCCAUUGUGUCAUUCAAAUUAUUACUCGUUGACUGCCGAAUCCGUUGCUGCUGUUCCUGUCAAGAGAAUCGCACACAUCUCAACGAAAGACCCAGACUCGUGUCACAUCUACUUCCUGGCGUCGACAAGACGAUAUUAUAGUACAGAGCUCUAUAUAUGUGUGUGUGUGUGUGUGUGUGUCUGAGUGUGUAUAUAUAUAGAUACACACACACACACACACACACACACACACACGCUCACACACACGCUCACACACACACACACACACACACACACGUCUAAUAUAGACGUACGGGUGAGGUCAUAAAAAUUAACAAGAAGUUCUGCAGAGCCGAGCACUCACAGUAACAGAAAUACGAGUAACACGAGUACAGUGACAACAGUAUAUGAGACAAGACAUCAUAGAUAAUAUAGAAGAAAAACAGACAACUGCCGAAUUUAUUGAUUUGUCACCCCCAACCAGCAUUUGCUACGCACUCCGCAAUCUGGCUAUAAAAGGAGUACUCGAUAAAAUCUACUAAGCCAGUAACAGCAGGUGUAUUAGUUAAGGGUACAGCUGAAGAAGAACCUGAAGGCUGCAUUUGCUUCUUAAACGAUCAUCCCAGAUAAGGAAGAGGUGGACAAGAGCAAUUGAUUAUGCUGAGCUUUUUAUUCAAUUUUUUACCCCUGCUGUGACAGGCGUACGCUGACUGGUGAAGGCAUCGGGUGGCAUGAAAAAAGGCCACUUUAUGAAAAAAUAUAAACGAGUGUUCGGGAAUGGUAUCUGGCGGACGAUCCGUUUCCCUAUUUGUAAUUUAAUUUCUUUCCUCUCUCGGUGGAUCGUCCGCCUCAGCUUCGCGGAUUACAUUUGCGACCGCUGCUUUUCAGACAGUCGCACUCACUGCCCAGAAACUGGCACAAAUAUCUCGACCAUUUCCGCAUAGUUCGCAGUGUUGCUUACCCAUGAUGCGCCUUCUUUUUUACGCAGAUUAUAAGUGGAAAACAAUAACAGCGACCAAAGCCAAAUGAUUGUCGUGCACGCCUGAGAAGGGACGUCAGAGGUAGCUGCAUAAAUGGGCACUGCUGCUACUAACGGCGAUAAAAAAUCAAAUUAAUAUGAUCUGUAAGGCUUCAUGUACUACAAGUAUACGUUUAUUUGGAAGGCAAACACUUCGAAGAGAUCCUCAUAUCACGCUGAUAAUCUGAUCCGUGUAAUUCGGUCCUGCACAGAGGACCUUAAAAUCAGACGAAAUGGCGCCCAACAAGUUCGAGUAAGCAUUUUUUUUUUACUUUUAUUAUCACUCUCACUCACACUCUCUCUCUCUCUCUCUCUCUCUCUCUCUCUGAAUUAGACAAAGGAACAAAAUGACUUGUUUAGAAUUUUGAGUUGUGGAUCCGCCUGCGAUACAGUAACGAACAGUUGUCCCCAUCUGUCGGAACGCCCAGUGAGAAGAUGGGAAAAAUAAUAGCCCAUUAAGCUAUAUGGGUCAUUGGAAUAGAGCAGUAAAAUCAUAGAAGCUUUCUCAUUUCAGAAAUACUCAACAUACCCAUUAAUUUGGCAACAGCUAUCUUGACCACGGACUUCUGUGCGCAGGCACGUUUAAUACUGACGCAUUCUGACAAACGAUUCAUAAAAUAGAUUUGUUUAGAUCCUGUUGUUCCAGGAUGCUGUUUUAAAUCGAAAUGUUUAAAAUCCUCCUUUGCAACGCUCGCCUGAGUGACUCGGAAGCGGUAGUUCAUUGCCCACGUUAUUUUUUUGUCAGGAACACUUUUAUAGAUGUCAUCUCGGUCCGACUAACAAGUAUUAAAUACGUUAACACGAUUAAUUAACGGGCGUUGUUGUUUCGAUGACUUACAAAUCCGUAGCCUUUUCUUGCUCUCUGAGCUUCACUUUUACUAGAUACAGACACACAGCCCGAGAUACACGUACCUCAGAUAGUAAAAACAUGAAAAACAUACGCCACAACGACACCGAGAUGACACCGACUGACAAGUUUUCUGAUCACCAGAGGCGUUCAUGCACGGACACUCCAGCCAGCCGUGGCUAAAAUAGGUUCCCUAUUAACCGAUCGUCAACCCGUCAGAUAUAGCAUCGAUUAGCGUGUGUACGCUAACUACUAUCUAAUAAAUGGACGACUCAAGCUAGAAGUACAAACAACAGUGAGCUGGCAUAGCAAAAAAAAAAAAA